UUGUGACCACAGUAUCGAACGGGGAUCGGAAGGACACAGACAUGAAGCUGCUACUAAUCUUCGCCGCCAUCUUGGCUUUCUCACUGGCAGAGGAGAAGAAAAAGGAAGAAGUUCUUAAUGACUCUGAAGCUGAAGCAUCAGCGACGAUUGAGCUUAUGAAAGAAGGAGUAGAUCUUAAUGCGGCUGCUAGCUCCUAUAACUCCUACGUUCCUCCUAGCCAGAGACCUCCUCAUUGGAACGUGAAACCCAUUCAGCCCGUCCAGACAUCUGUACCAGUCCAGAAUGAUUACUACGAACACAAUAAUCACCAAUGGAGCAGCCCGGUCUACCACCCUCCUACGACCACCACUCCAGUUUCGGUGAUCAAGAACGAGCAGUAUUAUGGUGAAAAUGGUCACUACAAAUACGAAUACCAGAUCGCUGAUGGCACUCACGUCGGAGAAGAAGGUUACUUCACUGACCCUAAGCAAACUGAAGAGAGUCUUGUAAAGAAAGGAUGGUAUUCCUACGUUGGUGCUGAUGGCAAGAAAUACCUCGUCACCUACUGGGCUGACAAGACUGGCUUCCAUGCGUAUGGUGACCAUCUGCCAACCCCUCCUCCCCCAUACAACCCCAACAAGCAACCAGAAGUUGACAACAACAGGCCUCUUUACGACUACCCAACUCAGACUCAGGCACCAGCAGUCUUCUACCCAACUCAACCAGCCCCGGUGCCCGUGAAACCAAUCUACGUGCCACCUCAGCCGACCCUACCGCCUGUGCAACAGCCAACCUAUGCUCCUCAACCCAGUUACCCUCCUCAGAACUACUAUCCCCCUCAACAAACCUACUACCCUCCCCAACAGAAUUACUAUCCUCAACAACAACAAAACCACAUUUAAAUCAUAAAUAGAUAGUGGUAUAUUUAUAAUCAAAACAACGACCA